GAAAAUGUCUGCGCUGCCAAAUGGAGGACAGGAGGAGGAUAUGAAAAUUCUUGGGCAAUUGAAGAGCAUAGAGCAGAUUAAUGAGCAGCGCAGGAUAUUCCUCAACAGCACGAUUAACGAGGAGGUCUCGGAGAAUGGUUCGAAUGGUGGAACGAUUCAGGAGGAGGACUUGGAAAAGGAUCUAAAGAAACUAGAUCAAGAGAAGCUGGGAUUGGAGAAAGUCCCCGAGGAAAUAACAGAGAAAGCUCCAGAGGAGACUCUAACCAAGGAGCAGGUGCAGGCGCCCGAAAAGGAAGAGCAAGCUAAGCCCCAGCCACCGACUACUCUCAGUCUAAAUGUAAAGUACGCCACCCUACCAAGUCCCAGUGUAGUAACUUUGAGAUCCCCACUUUCGCCGCCUCCCAAACCGCCAAUGCUGGGUCGCACCCGAAGUAUAGGUUCCGGCGAUAGCAAGAGUCCUGUGAACAAUGGAGCUCUCUCUCCCGAAAAUUCCUUUCGCCAGAGCUUUCCCGAAUGUGUGAUCACGUCCAGCAAAACGGAAAAGUCCCCUGUUCCUUCCGUUGAAGACACUCCAGCGGCCGUCUCUGCCCGCCAUUACGAGGGACUCAUCGAGGAGCUUAGAUGUCCAGGAUGUGCCGGGGCCAUGAAGGCGCCCAUUCUCCUUUGCAAGAGCGGCCACAGUGUCUGCGAACAGUGCACCCGAAUUUUGCUCAUGUGCCCACUGUGCAAGGAACCUUUCACGAAUUCCCGUUCGCUGACUGUGGAGGCCCUCUGUGCGAAGGCGCACUUCCGAUGCGGACACGCUUCUGGCGGCUGCCAGGUGCGGAUGCCGGUAGUCCUGUUGCCGUGGCACGAACAGCAGUGCAUGUACAAGCCGAUGAAGUGCUUCAUGGGUCGCGUUUGGGGGGACUGCCGUUGGCAGGGACGGGAGGUGCAAUGGAAGGAGCAUCUGGAACAGGAGCACGACGACCGCCUGUUUCGCUCCAACACUGCGGAUCUGGAAUGGAAUCUGGCUACGCGACGAAAACCUCUUACUGGAUACUAUGUCUUCCAGGCACACGAUGAGAUGUUCAACUUCUAUGAGGUCCACGACCGCCAGCGCAUCCUGUUUACCAUGACGUGCACUUCGAACCGGCGGGACAGCAAGUACAACUAUGCCUACGAGGUGACUGUGCUUCAACCAGAUAAUGAGGCUCUGUCCAUGACCCAGAAGUUUCCCGUGCACAGCGAGUACGACAAGGAUAUCCUUAUGGAGGGCACCUGCGUCAGUAUCCCGCUGACAGAGCUCAAUCGCUUCCUGGACUCCGAGAAGGUGCUCUACUAUCGCGUGAGUGUACUGGCGGUCAAGUCACCACGCAGGGCGAAGCCACCCCGCCAGAGUCUUCCGCAUCCCGUGGACCUUGAGCAGACCUCGAAUGGCGGAGCAAAUGGCAAGAGCGUUCCGACCAAUAUGAUAAUUACGCGCACCUAUAAGGAGGCCAUUGGUGUAGUAACUGCCGAGUCCAGAGCGGAGGCGGCCACUCCUGACUCGGAGGAGGAUUCUAUGGUCGCUGGCAAUUCCGGUGAUGGAACCGGAAGUCUGGAACUUGAGCGCAAAUGGGGUACUCCGCAGCUGCACUUCAAUCGGAAAUAUCUACGCAACACUUUAAAUGACCCCACGCCCCAGGAAGAUGAACUACGUCCGCUGGCCGCUGAUCUACGUAAUGGGCAUGGCGAUGACAAGCUUUCCCAGUGCAGCAAUAGCACGAGUUACACGAAAAAGGUAUCCGAUUCGCUUCGGAGAAGUUUCCGCGCCCUCAAGGCGGAUAUUGUGGAGAUGAGGCCGUUUGGCAAGAAGUCAGUUAAGUCAGGAUCUGCCUCUCCGAUCCAAACCAAUGGCAACUAGUGAAUCCAUGGGUGCUUCUUAUUUUUUUUUGUUCACAAUAAAGUAUGUAAAUAUAGCACUGUAUUAAAUCUAUGGAAAUAUGUACUAAAAUCAUAAAAAAAAAUAAAUUUGACUACGAA